UUUUUUUCCCAUGAUUCCAUAUGGUUCCGAGCGGGCUACAUGUUGCCCAACAUGCCACAGCAAAUGUUUUCUCAAUUAGGCGUCUUAUCUCCGGUGAGCGGCCGCAGCAGAUGAAGCUCGCUGACAGCGCGAUGGCAGCGAAGAGCUCGGACGGGUCCAUCAAGUGGCAGCUCUGCUACGACAUCUCAGCCAGAACCUGGUGGAUGGAUGAAUUCCAUCCGUUCAUCGAAGCGCUGCUGCCCCAUGUUCGGGCCUUCGCCUACACCUGGUUCAACCUGCAGGCCCGUAAGAGGAAGUACUUCAAGAAGCACGAGAAGCGCAUGUCGAAGGAGGAGGAGCGCGCCGUGAAGGACGAGCUGCUCAGCGAAAAGCCCGAGGUGAAGCAGAAGUGGGCGUCGCGCCUCCUGGCCAAGUUACGGAAGGACAUCCGGCCCGAGUUCAGGGAGGACUUUGUUCUGACGGUGACGGGGAAGAAGCCGCCGUGCUGCGUCCUCUCCAACCCCGACCAGAAGGGCAAGAUGAGGAGGAUCGACUGCCUGCGCCAGGCGGACAAAGUGUGGAGGCUGGACCUGGUCAUGGUGAUUUUAUUCAAAGGGAUUCCCCUCGAAAGUACUGACGGCGAGAGGCUGGUAAAGUCUCCUCAGUGUUCCAACCCCAGCCUCUGUGUUCAGCCGCAUCACAUCGGAGUUUCAGUGAAGGAGCUGGAUCUGUACCUGGCCUACUUCGUCCACACAGAAACCGGCCAAUCAGAGAGCCCGAACCAGGCCAGCGAUUCAGAUAUCAAGGAGCAGCCAGAAAACGGUCACCUGGGCUUCCAGGACAGCUUCGUCACACCUGGAGUCUUCACGGUGGCCGAACUCGUACGAGUCUCUCAGACUCCCAUCGCGGCCGGCACCGGUCCAAACUUCUCUCUGGCCGACCUGGACAGCUCCUCCUACUACAGCAUGAGUCCAGGAGCCAUGAGGAGACCACUGCCCAGCACCUCCUCCUCCAGCUCUGCCAAGAGGAUAAAGUGCAUGGAGGAGGACGUGGACAGUCCCGGGGAGGAGUCCUACUACCCCAGCCAGGGCCGGUCUCCGGGCAGCGGCAGCCAGGCCAGCAGCUGGCACGACGUGGAGCCAGCUGGAUAUAAGCUGCGUGGCUCUCUAGCUAGCUCGUUCAUCUCCCGACAAGGGCUGCCGGCUCUGAAGAAGUCAGAGAAGUCCGGUUUCUGCGGCGCCGCCUCCACUUCCUCCUCUACUUCCUCCUCCUCACACCACCACCGGCCCGUCAUUACUGGGCCUCGAGCCAGCCCCCACGCCCCCCCCUCCAGCCUCCACUUCUCCUCCUCCCCCAUCCUGCAGCAGCCCGGCUCCUACUUCUCCCACCCGGCCAUCAGGUACCACCCCCAGGAGACGCUCAAGGAGUUCGUCCAGCUGGUCUGUCCUGACUCCGCCCAGCAGGCCGGACAGGUGGGCUUCCUCAACCCUAAUGGUAGCUCCCAGGGAAAGGUGCACAACCCCUUCCUGCCGACGCCCAUGCUGCCCCCCCCACCGCCCCCGAUGGCGCGUCCCGUCCCGCUGCCCGUCGACGCCAAGCCGCCCUCCACCUCCUCCACCGAGGGGGGAGGAAACUCACCCACCUCACCCACCUACUCCACCCCGACCACGUCUCCAGCCCAGCGGUUCGUCAGUGUCGGACCCAGAGAUCCCGGCUUUAACAUCCCUCAGCAACCACAGUGGUACCUGGGAUAAGGACUCCAGAGGCCCCGCCCCCUCCACCCACCUGUACGACAGAUCGCUGCAGUCUCCUCCUCCACCUUUGACCUUUGACGCCAGCUGUGACAGAAAGCCCCUCCCCUCUCUAAGCCUGACUCCGCCCCCAC